CCCAAAAGUGCUCUCUCUCGCUCGCUCUCUACAUGCGCGCUAACAUUCACUGUAGCCCAGUUCCUUUCCUUUGUCCAUCAUGUUGAUUUUCUCGGGUCUCCUUUACCUCAUUCUUUAGUUUUCUUCCCCUUAAUAAGUGUUCUUCGUAUCCAAUUGGCGCUCCCCCGUACAGAGUCCAGUUCCACUGGUCUUCUCCGACUUUCCGCCGCUUCCCCUUGACGCAUUGACGCUCUCUUUUGGAUCCCACCCCUCGAGGUCCAUUCCUCGACCUGAGCACCAGAAAAAAUUCUCUUACAUGAAAUUCUUUUUCCUUCCAGAACACAAUGCCGUCUUCGAAGGCGAGAUCGAGUCCUUCCGUCGAGCGGCGCGACCGUCUGACCUUGGCAAGGCUGGCAAGUUAUGACGAUGUCGCAACCGAUGCGCUGGUUGACCGUGCUCACUUUUGGACCAACACUCGAAAGAAUCGGACGAAAUACAUUCCCCUGCGACGGGUCAAGGAUGAUGAUAUUGCCCAUAUCCUGCUCCACGACGUGAUCGUCAAGAAGGAUGUAGUCACUGCCGAGCGGAAACUCCUGGCCAUGGACGGACUGAAGCGAUUCCUGGCGACGUUGCCCAACGACCGAGAGAAGGAGUGGUUCACCCGGCAUCUACGCAAAUACAUUCAGAUGUAUCUGCCGGACUCUCCCUUCGAGGUUACCACGACAAAUCGCUACAUGAUCACCGAGCACGAGGCUGCCAUCUGCGCCCGCAAAUUCAUCAAGCAAGGCGAGGAGAUCAAGUAUCUCAGCGGAACCCUGGUGCCCAUGACUCGGGAAGAGGAGCAGGACUUGGAUCUGAAGAGGAAAGAUUUCAGCAUCGUCAUGUCGAGCAGAAGGAAGACUCCGUCGUUUUUCCUGGGCCCUGCGCGCUUCGCGAACCAUGACUGUAACGCUAAUGGCCGUCUCGUGACGAGGGGAAUGGAAGGCAUGCAGGUCGUGGCAAUCCGGGACAUAUACAUUGGCGAGGAGAUCACAGUCUCGUAUGGCGAAGACUACUUUGGCAUCGACAACUGCGAGUGCCUUUGCUUGACUUGUGAACGCGCUGUGCGGAAUGGGUGGGCGCCUCCCGAGCCAAACGACGAGCCUGCCGGUGUUGACGACAGUGACCUUCUCACCCCUCAAAAACGCAAAUAUGCCCCGGACACGGAAUCGGAACGCUCGCCCUCCUGCACCCCUCGGAAACGCACGAAAUUUACUCGGCAGAGUUCCAAGCUGCGGUCGGAGGUGUUGCUUUCCGACGCACCCGCGCCUGCAUCGCCAGAGUCCGCGACUGGUCCGUUGUCGGCAAACGCCGGGUCCUCCUCGCGAAUAACUGCAAGGGGUCGGAGACUCGAACCACAAAGUGAGGCUCCUGAUGAGACCUGCAUUCAGAGCCCCAACGCCACCGACUGCACGUCCCCUAGUUCGCUAGCCGGCGACGAAUCCCACCACUCCUCGACGUCUACCGUCGCAACGUCCGUUUGUGAAACCUCCGUUCAGAUCAAAAUCGAGGAGAGCACGGAGCCCUCAGUCCGAGACACGGUAUUGAUCGGCAAGGACGAACUGGCGACCCCGGUUGCCCCUCACCUGGACGGAGAACGACAUCCCGCGGCGGCUCGUGAACAUGAUGCGCUAUCAGACCUAUCCGAGUCCCUCGAGCUAGACGAAAAACUCGGAACCGUUGUCGAGAAAUUGAAAAAGACACGGAAGCGAGGAGUCGUCCCAUCUGUCGAGGUCGAGUCACAGCGUGCUCGGGUCCCCGGAGACUACACCAAAACCCCCAGAUUGCUCGCACAAGCUUACGAUCGAUGGGUCGACUGCCGCACCUGUACUGCCUGGUUCGUCCAGCAAGAUUCAUACCUGACGCGACGCGAAUGUCGCCGAUGUGAACGGCAUUCGAUGUUGUAUGGCUUUCAGUGGCCGAAGACCGACCGGGAGGGUCCCAAUGACGACGAGGAACGGGUCAUGGACCAUCGGGUCAUCCAUCGAUUCUUGUCCCCGGAAGAAGAGGCUCGCGUCUCACGCAAGGAUCGUGGUGUCAGUUUUGGGGUGACUCCGACUCCGGAAUUGUCUGAGCCGCGCACGGAGACCGAAGAGAGCGAUGCGUGUGAUGAGCGUCGCAGCACGAGAGCCAGCAGGCGACGGACUAGAGCAAUGCGGAUAACCUACUAAACGACGGCGAUGUUUGACUAAUAUUUGGUUCUGGUGAUUUUUGGGUACGGCGUUUAAGAACAACUGGAGCCAUUCCCAGUGGAACCCCAGGCGUUAAAUGAUGACGGGCAUGAGCGUUUUAACAACUUUGGCACCUUUUGACGACGGACUCUAUCUAUGGACAUAUUUGAUAUUCUUGAAAUCAGUCUUUCUUCUUUCUGGAUCUUUCUUCCCUGUUUCUGGACGUGAUGGACCUCCCUGUACAGUUUUGAACGGCGUUCUGCUUGGAAUUUCCUAGUUUAAUGCUUACGAGGUCUACUGCAACACCAAGGCCUGUUUUGCAAUGGAUGUUUCUUUCCCCUGCAAAGUGUUUGGAUCUUGGCCCGGAGCGGCUCUAAGCGGUGCUUGUGUGUUUUCUCCUUUCUCCUUUCUUCCCCCGCAGACUCCUGCAACUCCGCAUUUUCGCUAUGACUGCAUCUUGAAGGAGAAUUCAAUCGCACC